AUGGUUUCCGCAUCCAAGGAGAAGCGUCUCGCCAAGAAGGCCGCCGACGCCAAGGAGGGCAAGGGCGAGAAGAAGACGCUCGUUUCCCGCUCCAAGGCCGGCUCCAAGGCCGCAUCCAAGAACGCCAGUGCCACCGGCUCCGAGGCUGGCGACGACAACCCGCCCCUCGACGAUGAGGUCGCCACCUCGGGCGACAAGCUCGACAAGGCCAAGCGCCUCGCCGAGCAGCGCGACCGCGACGGCCUGACCGACCGUGUCACCACCGGUGUGCUGGCCUCGACCCAGCAGAGCAAGGACGUCAAGAUCAUCAGCACCAGUCUGACCUUCCACGGCCGAGUCCUCAUCACCGACAGCACCCUCGAACUGACCAUGGGCCGCCGGUACGGUCUGCUCGGUGAGAACGGCUGCGGAAAGAGUACCCUGCUCAAGGCCAUCGCCGCCCGCGAGUACCCCAUCCCCGAGCACAUUGACAUCUACCUCCUGAACGAGGGUGCGCCGCCCUCCGAGCUGGGCGCCCUCGAGUGGGUCCUCAAGGAGGCCGAGAACGAGAUGAAGCGCCUGGACGACCUGGCCGAGAGGAUGCUGGAGGAGGAGGGCCCCGAGAGCCCGGUCCUCCUGGACCUCUACGAGCACAUGGACCGCAUGGACCCCUCGACAUUCGCUACCCGUGCCUCGCUCAUCCUGACGGGUCUGGGUUUCAACAAGACCACCAUCCACAAGAAGACCAAGGACAUGUCCGGUGGUUGGCGUAUGCGUGUCGCCCUCGGAAAGGCCCUGUUCGUCAAGCCCUCGCUGCUGCUGCUCGAUGACCCCACUGCCCAUUUGGAUCUCGAGGCCUGUGUGUGGCUGGAGGAGUACAUGAAGAAGUGGGAGCGUACCUUGGUCCUGGUCUCUCACUCGCAGGAUUUCUUGAACGGUGUGUGCACAAACAUGAUCGACAUGCGCAAGCAGCAGCUCCUCUACUACGGUGGUAACUUUGACUCGUACGUCAAGACCCGCUCCGAGCAGGAGGUCAACCAGCAGAAGGCCUACGAGAAGCAGCAGGCCGAGAUUGAGCACAUCAAGAAGUUCAUUGCCAGCGCCGGUACUUACGCCAACUUGGUCCGACAGGCCAAGUCCCGAGAGAAGAUUCUGCAGAAGAUGCACGACGAUGGUUUGAUCGAGAAAGUUGUCGACGACAGAGAAUUCAAGUUCCGUUUCGGCGAUGCCGACAAGCUCCCCCCGCCCGUCCUGGCCUUCGACGAUGUCACCUUCUCGUACUCGGGUGACCCCAAGGACGACCUGUACCGCAACAUCGAACUUGGUUUCGACAUGGACUCGCGUUCUUGCUUGGUCGGCCCCAACGGUGUCGGCAAGUCUACUUUGCUCCGUAUGAUGACUGGCAAGCUCAGCCCUACUCAGGGCUCCGUCCGCAAGCAUACCCACUUGAAGCUGGGCAUGUACUCGCAACACAGCGCAGAGCAGCUCGACCUGACCAAGAGCGCGCUGGACUUUGUCCGUGACAAGUACCGCGAGAAGUCGCAGGAUAUCCAGUACUGGCGCCAGCAGCUUGGCAAGUACGGUGUUUCUGGCAACACCCAGACUGCUCUGAUGGGCACUCUGUCCGAAGGACAGAAGAGUCGUAUCGUCUUCGCCCUGCUCGCCAUUGACGGCCCCAACAUGCUUCUGCUCGACGAGCCUACCAACGGUCUGGAUAUCCCCACGAUCGAUGCCCUCGCCGAUGCUAUUGAGAACUUCGAUGGCGGUGUGAUCGUCGUCAGUCACGACUUCAGAUUGCUCGACAGAAUUGCAAAGGAGAUUCUGGUCUGCGAGAACAAGACCAUCAAGCCAUGGGACGGUUCCAUUGGAGACUACAAGAACUACCUGCGAAAGAAGAUGUUGGCAUCUGGUGCUGUCCCGGCAUAA